CACAUCCGUCGUGGUUUCUCGGCUCCGGUUCAAAGUCACCAGCAGUGACGUCUCGUUUUUCCGACGUUUUCGCCGCUCCUUGAAGGCAUCCUGACCUCUUACGUCACCGGCAGGCAUCCGGACAGUCACGCGGACACAUUCCCGGUAACGUGUGACUGACAGCCCGGUGCUCAGAGCAACGGCUAACGGCUAACGGCUAACGGCUAACCGGAGAUGGAGGAGUUCCUGACGAGCUGCAGAGCCGUGCAGUGUUGAUAAUAUGAAGACGUGCUCUGAUUGGACGGUUCAUACCUGCACACAGGUGGCCAGCUCAGGUCACUCCGGGUUGGGGGUCCACGUGGUUUUGGGGAAUGAAGCGUGUGACGUGGACUCCAUGGUGUGUGCGAUGACCUACGCCUACUUCCUGUCCAAGACUGCACAGAGCGACCUGCUCGCUCUCCCUCUGAUGAACAUCCGUCAGUCUGACAUGCUGCUCAGGUCAGACAGCCUCCACCUGCUGAGGCAGGCCGGCCUGUCUGCACACCUGCUGCUGUUCAGAGACCAGCUCGACCUGCGAGCCCUGCAGCGGGACGGACGCCUCACACUGACCCUGGUAGACCACAACGUCCUGCCCAGUGCAGACAGCGACUUGGAGCAGGUGGUGGUGGAGGUGAUUGACCAUCACCUGUUGGAGAGAGAGCCCUCCCCAUCCUGUCCUGUUACCGUGGAGACGGUGGGAUCCUGCGCUACCUUAGUAACAGAACGCAUCAUCCAGAAAGCUCCGGAAAUCCUGGACCAGCAGGUUGCUCAUCUGCUCUAUGGUGCCGUGGUGUUGGACUGCGUGGACAGGGCACCCUCUGCAGGUAAAGUGACUCCUAAAGGCCGGCUCGUGGAGGAGCUGGAGAGUCGUUUCCCUGCUCUGCAACCGAGAGGCGCUCUCUUCCAGAGUCUGCACAACGCCAAGUUUGACGUCUCAGGUGAGUCUAACACUGAACAGAUUGUUGUUGAGGACAUGAAAUCUGUUUCAGAGUUAAAUCUCGCCAUCUCUGUUGUGUACCUCAAGAUGGAGGACUUCCUGCAGAGGGCGGGAUUGGAGGCGGAGCUGUCCGGCUUCUGUUUGAAGUUUGGCUUCGCUCUGCUGCUGAUGACCAUCUCCUUCACUGAGAGCAAAGAGCCAAUCAGAGAGCUUGCUGUGUUCAGCCACAGCACCACCUGCAGAGAGGAGGUGAGCCUUUACCUGGAACAGGCCCAGAACCCCGCCCUUAACCUUUGUCCAAUCAGCAGCCCCCAUCCUCACAUCACAGCCUAUAAGCAAGGAAACUCUCUGGCGUCUCGUAAGAAGCUCCUCCCCAUCGUUAAGGACUUCCUGAAGGGGCGGGAUGCUGAUGGUUGCCUUGGUGAUGGUCGCCUCGGAGACGUGUUGGAGGAGGAGGAGUCUCGGGUCCCUCCCACCCCGAUGAACAGCCUCGUGGACGGAUGUCCGCUGGACGGCGGCCCGCCGCACAUCAGCGCCCAGGACCUGGAGGACAAGUUCAACAAGAUGGCCGACAGGAGAGGGAACUGACCUCUGAGCUGUCAAUCAUCUUGAUAACGGCGGUGAUGACGGGACGACAGACUUGCAUAUCUGACAGCUUGAGGCGGAGCUUCAGCACGACAUGGAGGCGGAGCUUCAGCAGGAGGCGAGCGAUCUGUUUGCUGAUUGGUCGGCUGAUGACAGGAAAUAAAGUUCAAAGGUUAACGCUGA